AUGACAGGCGACUGCGGAGACCACACGUGCCCCUACCCGGGGGGCUUUACUUCCUACUCGCCUUCGGUAAUCGGCAGUGCCAUCUUUCUGGUGGCCUUUGCACUGCUGGUGCCCUUAUCCCUCUGGCAAGGCUUCCGUUUCAGGACGCCUCUAUUCGCGUCAACUCUGGUGACCGGCCUUCUUUUGGAGGUCUUGGGCUUCGCCGGAAGGCUGAGGCUUCGGGAACAUGCAGCCAGUUCCACCUCCUUCUUCCUCUGGCUUUUCGGCGCCAUACUGGGCCCGACCCUGAUCGCGGCGGCCAUCUGUCAAAUCCUACCUCACGUCAUCGCUCUAUACGGCCUCGGGAUUGGUUUCACCCGACCAAGGGCCGCCGUCCUCUUCCUCACAUUUGCCCUUGCGCUUGUUGUUGCGCUGGAGAUCGCCGGUAUCGUGUCUGUCGUCUUUGGGCUCGGUGGCGUUCAGACAUCAUCCAUCCUACUUGCAGCUCUGGGUGUUCAGAUCCUAGCACUGUUGCUCUUCGUGGGCCUGUUUCUCUGGUUUACCCAAAAGAUCCCAGACCCGAAGCAUAUUGCCGUAUACCAAGCACAGCGGUUCAGGAACUUUAUCAAGAGUGAGUUGACAGGCUCCCAACUGCAUCGAACGUUGAACUUACGAUUCCACCAAGUGAUACCCGUAAUUGCUGUUGUCCUGGUUGGGCACACCAUCUACCGUCUCGUCGAGUUUUGGAACGGUCUCGACAGCCCUCUUCAACGUUCUGAAGCCGCAUCCCUGGUCAUUGGCAGUGCUUUGCCACUGCUGGUGUCCUCGGUCUUGUGCGUAUACCAUCCCGGUGCCGCAUUUGGUCGGGCGUGGAACCUGACCUCUCCACGUUUCCGUUCUGCGUCGUUUCGGUCCCGUCGUCCGGCGGCUCCGUCGCCUCUUGUAUCGCCCACUGCGCUUUGGGACGAACACAAGGGGCCUCGCCAGCCGGGGUUCACUGCUUCGCGAUUCCCGGACAAGAAGAUGUCGCCUGUCGGUGUUGGGCCCGUCCCGUUGAGACAGUCCACGAUGGCAAGCAAAGUUGCUACCAGUCCUGGCGAGAGAUCGGUGACUUACCCGAGCCCCAUCGCCUCAACGCACAAGCUGAGCCCCAUCGGCUCGACACACAAGCUCAGCCCAACCUUCCACAAGACGCAGCAGCAGUCGGCGAACCCGAACCGCCACAGUACCAGGUCGAAUGGAAAGCCCAUGGUGAAUAGCGAAGAGUUGUGGUAG